AUGUCUCUAGGACGACGUUGGGAAGCCGAUACUCUCGUGGCACCGGAAUGGCUCAAUAAUGGAGAUAAUGCUUGGCAGCUCACUGCAGCGACUCUCGUCGGCUUGCAAUCUGUACCGGGGCUCAUGAUCAUAUAUGCUGGGCUGGUCAAGAAGAAGUGGGCAAUAAAUUCAGCAUUCAUGGUGCUCUAUGCGUUUGCAGCCGUGCUGAUCUGCUGGGUUGUAUGGGCAUACAAAGCUUCCUUUGGCAAGCAGAUGUUGCCAUUUGUCGGUGUCCCAGGGCCCGCGGUCGGUAUGGACUACGAACUCCAACAGGCGAUUCUACCAGAGGCCGGGCUCAAAGCAGCUUAUCCAAUGAGCACAAUGGUUUACUUCCAAUUUGUCUUCGCGGCUAUAACGGUGGUUCUCAUUGGAGGAGCGGCGCUUGCGAGAAUGAAUUUCCUCGCAUGGAUGGCUUUUGUUCCGCUAUGGUUGACCUUGAGCUACACCGUUGGUGCUUUCAGCAUAUGGGGAGGCGGUUUUUUGUAUGAUCUUGGUGUUCUCGAUUACUCUGGUGGGUAUGUCAUCCACGUAUCUUCGGGAACAGCAGGAUUUGUAUUGGCAUACUGGGUGGGACCCCGACAUCCCAGAGAUCGGACUGAAUUUCAUCCAAACAACGUUCUUCUUGCUCUCACCGGUGUGGGUCUACUCUGGCUGGGUUGGAAUGGUUUCAACGGGGGAGAUCCGUAUACAGCAUCGCCCGAUGCGGGUGCAGCAGUGUUAAACACGAAUGUUUGCACCGCGAUGAGUAUGCUGACAUGGACUGCAUUGGAUCUGGUCUUCUUUAAAAAGCCUUCUGUCAUCGGAGCAGUACAAGGUAUCAUCACUGGUCUAGUGGCAAUAACUCCAGCGGCAGGAUUUGUUGCAGGAUGGGGGGCUAUUAUCAUCGGAUUUUGUUCUGGCUCAAUUCCAUGGAUGUCGAUGAACAUUCUUGGAAAGCAGAAAUGGUUCUUGGAUUUUGCUGACGAUGUUGUUGGCGACUUUCACACUCAUUUGGUGGGCGGCAUUGUCGGUGGGUUCCUCACUGGUCUCUUCGCGACCAGUGAAGGCACUGCUGCAUUUGCUCUGGCACCGAAUGGAGGCGCAAUUGAUGGAAAUGGUCGGCAGGUCUGGGUACAGAUCGUUGGUUUCCUCUUCAUCAUUGGUUGGAACAUAUUUUGGACGAGCGCUAUCUGCCUCUUCAUUCGAUACGUUCUUCGAAUACCGCUGCGGUACAGUGAGGAGGUAUUGCUGAUCGGUGAUGAGGAGAUUCAUGGUGAACUCCCGUAUGCAUUCUUCCAUGAUGGAAGGCACGAUUAUGAUGCUAGGUAUGGGCGACCAAGUAUUGAUGUGGAACGCACUGGCGUUCUUGAUGGCCUAGAGGCUCAUGGAGGUGUCGAGACUGAGGCAGGUGAAAGCUCAAAUGGCGCAAAGGUGGAGAAACAAGAAUAG